CCAUCCUAAAACCAUUCUGACCGUUAGAUACAGAAAAAACUAAUCCAACGGAUGAAAGAAAAACCCUAACUACAUCAAAACCAUUUGUAGUUGCCUCCUUUCUUUGUGUUUUUCCUCAUUUUCUUCUCUCAGAUCUUCCAAACUUCACUAUCCAGGUAAUGGCUCCUAAACAGCCGAACACGGGUCUUUUUGUUGGCCUUAACAGGGGUCACAUCGUCACCAAGAAGGAAUUGGCCCCAAGGCCAUCUGAUAGAAAAGGGAAAACAAGUAAGAGGGUCCACUUUGUGAGGAGUCUCAUCCGAGAGGUCGCUGGUUUUGCUCCAUAUGAGAAGAGAAUCACUGAGCUGUUGAAGGUUGGUAAGGACAAGCGUGCCUUGAAGUUGGCUAAGAGAAAGCUCGGAACACACAAGAGGGCAAAGAGGAAGAGAGAGGAGAUGUCCACUGUUCUCAGGAAGAUGAGGUCUGCUGGAGGUGCAGAGAAAAAGAAGUGAUCUAUUCUACAAGGAGUUCCGUUUUACUUAACUUUAUAGUUGUGGUAGUAUUAUGACUCUUUGCUCUAGACUUUGCAUGUUGAGUUAAAAUUUUGUAGUUGGGUAUUUGAAUGUUUUCCAAUUCACCAUUAAUGGGUACGGAGUUAAACUUGUGUUCA